AUAAUCUUCUAAAUUAAAGGACAGAAUGUGCUGCAUAGUAUAAAAUUUCAAUGUUUUAAAUGAUAUUUGAAUAAAAAAUUUGAAAAAAAUGUUUUUAAAAUUAUAUUCAAAAUUUGUUAUUAUUAUUUUAUUGUUUUUUAUUAUUAGUUUAUGUGAUUUUGGACAGAGUCAAAUUGUUACACCAGAACGUUUAAAUAAAAAUUAUAAAACACAUGGUAACACAAAAAAUAAUACAAGAGUUGAGGUUACCGACAAAAAUUUAAUGGAAACAAAAGCUUUAAGGGAUGAAAUAAGCAGAGCUAUUACAGAAAAUCGUUAUCAUAUUAAUUUAGAAGAUAAUAAAAAAUCAAAAAAUUCAACAAUUCCAGUUAAUCAUUCCAGUAAAAAUAAUGGAACUAUUAAGGUAAAAAUAAAACCAAGUAGGAAACCAAAUGAAACAUUAGUAGGUCAAGCAACAAAUGGAACUAAUUUUGAUAAUCCAACUGGUCGUAGCAGCUAUAAUGAUGAUUUAGAUAAAAUAAUUGCAAAAGAAAUUGAUCCAUUAGGUAUUAAUAAUGAUAAAAUUGAAUCAUCUGGUAUAAAAGCAAAUACAGUUCAUAGUAAUUUGGCGGCAACUGGUGAUGAAGAUCGGCAAAAAUUUUUAUUAGAAGAUUUUUUACCAAAACAUUUUGUUGAUCGUGAAGUUCUAACUGUUACAUCAAUUGAAGAAGAUCCAAAAUUUAUAUUAGGCGAUGGUGUACGAGAAUGGAAAAUAUUAAGAACUGAAAGUGAAAAUUAUUGGAUUGGACUUAAAGCACAUCAUAUAUUAUUAAUAUCAGAUGGAAAAUAUGAAGAAGCAUUACGUGUUGAUUUUGGUUAUCCAAUUGAAGCAUUUGAAACAUUUAGUUUUUGGAAUACAACAAGUGAUCGUUCAACUGGUGUUAUAUUAAUAUCAAUUGGUAAUUCAAUAUCAUGGAUUGAAUCAAAAAGUUUAGAAUUAAUAUGGACAUGGAAUAUUGGUAAAAUAGCUAAAAUUAUGAAAUUUUAUCAAAUUGAUGGUCGAGAAUAUUUAGCUAUUUUAGCUGUUACAGAAGAUUAUAGAAAAUAUUCAAUUAAUAUAUAUGAAUUUAUUGAAGAUACUAAAGAAUUUUGGAUAAUACAAAUGAUACCAUUAAAAUAUCCAACCGAUGAAAUGAUAUUUUUGGAUACAGGACGUGAAGCUGUAUUAGCUGUUACACAAGAAAAUGAUGUUCUAGUAUAUGAUUAUAAUCCAGAUGCAGAAUUUCGUUAUGAAUUAGCUGAAAAAUUUACAUCAGAAGAUUUAAAAUCUAUUACUGCUUUUAAAAUGGGUGGUUAUUCAUAUUUGGCAAUAAGUGGUAAAGAACCAAAAAUUUUACGUUAUUAUCGUGGUGAUUUUAUACCACAAACAUUAUUCGGUGGUUAUUUUAAAUUAGUACAUAGAUAUUUUCCUAUACCAGCUCGUACAUAUCGUGAUGAUUUAAUACUUUUAGUACAACAUAUUAUGGAAUUUGCUGGACAUUCUUUAACAGUUUUAGAAGCUUUAGUUUGGAAUGGGCAAUCAUUUGAAGCAGCCGGUGAUAUUCCAUGUACUCUUGGAAGUGAAACAUAUCAUUUUGGUGUUAGUUGUAUGCUUGAUUUAGAACGUGAAAGUGGUAUUGCUGGUGCUGCUAUAAUUGAUGGUGGUCGUAAUAUUUCGAUUAUAGUACCAAGGGAAGAUGCGCCAUCUGGUGUAUUUACAAUUAAUACAAUAUUAAAAGAAAGAAAAACGGAAGUCCAAGAAUUGGAAGAAUUAUUUGAAUUUUUAAAUUCUACUGCUACAGAACAAGAAGAAAUACUUGAAAAUACAAAUAGUUUUAUUGAAAAUUCUGAUGGCAAUUUACUUGACCUUGAUUUGGAUUAUUUUAGUGCUACUGAAUUAUUAUUUGAUGGUGAUAUUGAAGAAAUUUUUGUUAAUGAUAUUAAAUGGACAGAAGAAGAUGAAAAUAUUGAUGUAGAAUUGUUAAUUAAAGAUCUAGAGGAAUUGAGUGAAGAUAUUAAAAAUCUUGAAGAGCAAUUUUCCGAAAAUGAUACGAAUAUGGAUAGUGCUAACAUUGAAAAUGAAGGCAAUGAUGAUUGCUUUGAUUCAGAUGUGAAAGUAAAACGGUCAAUAAAAGAAUUUGAUUAUAUUGAUUUAGAACUUCAUGAUGUUAUUAUUGAGAAUCUUAUUGUUGAUUUAAUAAAUACUAAACCGAUUCCCAAAUUAAUCGAAAAUGGUAUAUUAAAUUUCAAUGGCACAAUAAUAUUUGAAAAUGGUUUGACUGUAAAAGAGUCAUUUAAUGAAAAUAGUGCUGAACAGAGAACAUUUGCUAGAAAUAAUGAAACCUUAGAGCUGAACGAAUUAAAAAUUGAUGGUGAUAUAGAAUUUGAAUUUAUUAAUGGUAUUAGAUGGACUGAAUUUUUAAGUAAAGUUACUUUAAUUACAUUCCCAGCUAAAUUUAAUACUUUAAUUGUUGAAGGUGAUGUUGAAAUUGAUCAAGGUUUACAAAUUGAUUUUGUAAAUAACAUUGAAUUUCCAUAUGGAUUUUUAUGGUCAAGCGGUCCUAGAACAAAUGUUAUUACUGCAAGAAAAAAUUUCACUGGACUUUUAGAAGCAAAUGCAAUGGACACGGCUGGUUUAAUAAACGGAAUUGAUCCAUUAACUUUUGUUACACUAUCAACAAAUCAAACAAUAACUGGGAAAACCACUUUUAGGCAGUUAGAAGUCAGUGAGCUUUUAGAGGUAAAUGGAACAAUAUCUGGUCGAGGUCUCAAAGACUUUUUAUCAAAUCCAACAAUAUUGGAGACUACAGUCAUUAAUGCAGCUUGCCGAUUUAAUGUUCUUGAAAUAAAUGGAACUGUUAAAGUUGUUGAAAAAUUCAAUGGACAAGAUUUAGAUGUAAUUCUCGAAAAUAUUAUUUACAAAAAUGAAAUUGAAAAUGAUUCAAUUGUAAUAGAAUCAAAGAAAAUAUUUAAUCGAGGAAUUGAAUUUACUGAUAAUAUAGAAAUUAAAUCAAAUAAUCUAAAUGAUAUCCCAAUAAACAAUUUUGUUACAAAAGAUACCGUUCAAGAACUCGAAUUCAAUAAAAUUGUUGGUGAUAUUGAAAUUGAAAAUUUAGAAUUAUCUGGAACAUUCGAUUCAAUUAAUAUACAAAAUUUAUUUGAAAAUACAACAAUGAUUGAUGGAAAUCAACUUAGAAAUUCUACUUUAAUUGUAGAAAAUCCAGAAUUUCUAAAUAUAUCUGAAUUAAUAGUUCUUAAUUUAUUAAAUGGUGAAUCUAUAAAUGAUUUUGUAAAUAUUAAUGAAGAUAUGGAAUUUGAAAAUUUUGAACUUGAUACUAUUAUAGCUGAUUUAGUGGAAACUCAAGUUGAUAUUGAAGGAUCUAGUGGUAUAUUAAAUGGUAUCGAGCUAAGAGAAUUGAAUGUAACUGAUAAUGAAUUAAAUAUUAUUAAAAAUAAUACAAAUGAAUUAUAUUUUGAGGAACUUACAAUUGAAAAUGAUUUAGAUAUUAUUAAUCUUAAUGGUUUUGAAUUCUCAAAGGCUAUACAAUUAUUAGAAAGAGUACAUGAUAUUCCAUUUAUGGUAAAACAAGGAUUAAUUACAAUUCGAGAAUUAAUUGUUAAUGGUAAUAUUGAUAUUAAUGGAACAAUUAAUGGAAAACCAUUUAAUGAAGAAAUUUUAUCACGUGUGAUUUGGUUGAAUCGUGAAAAUCAAAUUAAUAAUCCAAUAAUUUUUAAAAAUUCAAUUAAUUUCGAAAAUGAUGUAAAAAUAAAUGGUCUCCUUAACAAUGAAAAUUUUCAGUCUUUUAUAAAUGAUAUUGUAUGGAAAAAUAAUUCAAAAUUUUUAAAUACCAAUAACAAAAAUCAAUUAAAUUCAAUUAAAUCCGAGAAAACAUUUAUAAAUCCAAUUGAAAUAUUACAGAAUGCUCAAAUUACACGUUUAAAUCAAGGUGAAACGAAAAAUUUAGCACGAACAAAUGUAAAUAAAUUAAAUUUUAAAGGUAAUCUUCAUAUAUUUGGUAAUUUAGAAAUUGAAAAUUUAAAUAUUGGUGAAUCUUUUAAUGAUAUUGAAUCAGAAGUUUUUACUGAUUUAUGCCGAUAUGAUGAAAAUUUAGGAUGUUAUAUUCUUGGUAAUAAUGAAAUUGAAGUAAAAGAUCCAAUUACUAUUGAUAAUUUAAAUAUAAUUGGAAAAUUAAAUGGAUUUGAAAAUUGUACAAAUUUUAUAAAUAAUUUAGUAUAUAAAGAUGAGCCAACGUUAAUAUCAGGUGAAAUUAUUUUUGAACAACCAAUUGAAUUUAAAGGCAACAUACAUAUUGAUAUAUUAAAUGGAUUAAAUUUGGUGAAUGCAUUUGAAAAUAUUGUUUACGAUAAUGAAAAUGAAAUUAUAGAAAUUCAUAGUCCUGUAAUUUUUAAUGAGCCUGUUAUAGUAGAUUUUCUUGAAGUUAAAGAAGAACUACAUACUUCGAAUAUUGGUGGUUGUGAUAUUAUCGAAUGGAAGUUGAAUAGUGUGUCAUUAGAUGAAGAUUUGGAUAUUCCAAAGCUUUAUUUUUCAUCUGGAAGUCUGGAUUCUAAUGAUUUGCAUGCUAAAUAUUUCAAUGAUUACGAUUUGGAAAAUCUUGUAACAUUGCAUACUUAUCAAAAUUUUACACAUGAAAUACAUGUAUCGGAAUUAUUUUUAACUGGAUCCUUAACAACAAUAAACUUAAUAAACGACAAAUGGGAUAUUAAAGCUGAAAUGGAGAAUACGGUUAUGAAAAAUCGUUUAGAACAACGUAUAACAUCAUCUAUAACAGCAAAAUCAUUUAAAAUACUUCAUGAUCUUCAAAUUGAUGCACUUGUUAAUGAGAAAAAAAAUAUUUCUGAUGUUAUACAUCUUGAAUCUAAAACAAUUGAAUUAUAUUCACCAGUUUUCUUUAAAAAUUUAACUGUACCAGAAGUAUUUACAAAAGAUACAAUAUCUGGUUUUAAUUUCAAUGAAUGGUAUGAUGAAUCAUUGUGGUCAAGUGGUCGUACUGAACAGACAAUUACCGGUCAUUGGAAUAUUGAAAAUCUAUAUGUUAAAGGAAAUAUUAUUGGCCAUGAUCAUUAUAUUAAUAAUAUCCCAUUGGAUAUGAUACGUGGACAAUUAGAUGGACCAACAGAAGAUCAACAGAAACAAUUCAAACAUAUCACUGAUGAUUACAACAUUUUAUGUCAGAAAAUCCAAAAAAUUAUGAAAAAAUCACAAAAUCGUAUUUAUUUCGUAAAAUAUUUUGAAGAAUCAACAAAAUAUAAAGAAAAUGGGCUUAUAAAUACCAUAAAUAUAUUUAAACAUAAUGAAACUUAUUAUUUGUUAUCAAAUGUUGAUUGUUAUACAAUUAUAUACCAAUGGGACGUAAAAAAUUCAAAAUUUGUUCAAAUAAAUAAAUUUGAAUCGGGUUCGGUUUUCGAAUAUAUAGCAAUAUCAGAAAAGAAUGGUGAUUUAAAUUUAUUGACAAAUUCUAAAGAAAAUGAAAUAUCAAAAUGUAAAAGUCAAGGUGUUAAAUAUUGGGUAUUUAAUAGUGGAAAUAUAUCAGAUCAUGGACAAUUUUAUGGACAUUUUGAUUCAAUAUAUUAUGAUCCAAAUCAGAAUGGAUUUGUUUAUGGUAUAUCAUUAAAUCAAAAUUCUGUAAUUAAAUUGAAUCCUGGUAGAAGUAGUGAAGAUAUUGAAGAUGAAAUAUGGGAACUACCAAAAGAAUCAAGAGGUUUAUAUAGAUUUUUACCAGAUAAUACAGAAUUUGGUGCAGCAAUUUCUGAUGGUAAAAGAAUAUUAAUUGUUAAUAAGAAUUUUAAAAAUUCAAAGAAUCGUAAAAAACGUACCAUAAUUAAAAAUGAUAAUAUUAGUAAAUUACCAAAAAAGAAUAUUAAUAUUACAUUUGAAAGUGUUAAAAUCGAUUUAUACGACAUUUUAUUUGAUUUAGUAAAAAAUAUUUCUAAUACUAUAAAGGCUCUUCAACAAAAUUCCAAUUUUCCAAAUUACCAAAAUAUUACCAAUGAAAUUAAUGAAAAUUCUUAUAGUCAAAUAUUAAAUGAAAAAAUUUUAGAUAAUUUAUUAAUGCAUCAAGCAAGUGCUAAUUUAGAAACAUUAAGAGUUUAUAGAAAAAAAUUAAUUAAAAUAAUUACAACUGGUAUAAUGAAUAUUGCUGAUAAUGUUAUAAAAAAUUUUAAAAUUGAAAAUAAUGAAGAAAAUUUACAAAUUCAAAUUAAAAGACAAGAAUAUUUAAAAUUAAUUUUAAAUAAUUUAUUAAAUUUUCUUAUGAAUCGUCUUGAAUUUUUAAAACCAUUAAAUAUAAAUAAAAAUAAUUUCGAAAUAAAAGAUGAAAUUAAAACAACAACAAAUAAUUCAAAUAUACAAUUAGAACGUGGUAUACAAUUUACACCAUCUAUUAAAAAAUCUAUUCUACAACGUCAACAACACCAACAACAAUAUUCCAAUAUAACAACAAAAACAACAAAUCCAUUAUUUAGUCGUCGAAAUAUUGAAGAAUAUUUUCAUGAACCGAUUAUUGGUCGUGAUAUAUCAUCUGGAUCAUUAAGUAAUUUAUUAAUUGCUGAUAAUAAUCAUAUACCAGAUAAAAUAUCUGGUGAAAUAUUACCAAUAAAAGUUAGUUAUAAAGAGAAUCAACAUACACUAUAUGCAAUUAUUAAUUCAAAAAAUUAUGAAAAACGUAGUAAUUUAGAUGAAAAUAUUAAAGAUUCAAUAAAAAUAUUUUUUGAUAUUAUGCAAGGACAUGUUUUUCAAACAAUUGAAUCAUCGAAUCCACGUAAUUUAGCUGUAUUAAAUAUAAGAGAUGAAACAAUUUUGGGUUUUGUUGAAGGAAAAAAUUUUAUAAAAUUGUAUAUUUAUCGUGGAAUACAAGGAUUUGUUGAAUUUUCUCAUAUAAAAUGUGAACAUAAAAUUGAAAAAUUAUUAAGUAUAGCACUACCAAAGAAAUUAGAAUUUUUCAAUAAGAAUUCAUCAAUAUGUCCAGAAUUUUAUUUUAUUGCUGCUGGUGAAAAUUAUUUUAGUUUUUAUAAAGCAAUUUUAGCUGGUACUUGUACUGUUGAAGGUGAUUUAAAAUGUAAUGGUUGGACAGAAGAUUAAAUUGAGUGUUCAAAAUUUCUAAUCAAUUUUUUUUUUCUUCUUUUUAUUGAAAUUUAAUUUAAGUGUUAAAUAU